CUCGAUAGAUUGAUUCUCUCGUUGUGCAGAAUCGAGUUUCUUGGACCGUCUGAGUGCUCUUUUGAUCAAUGAUUAAUGAUUAUCAGCCUCGAUAAAAAUGAAGUAUUUAAAGGCCACGCUCUUUAGCUUGAAUCUACUGAUAUGGCUCGCUGGUUGCACGGUGACAGUAAUCGGCAUCUGGCUCCUAAUAGAUCCCUACAAGGGUCACAUAAUCAACUUGUUCACGCCAAACUCCACACCCCAUGAGUCAAUCUAUUACGUGGGCUACUUUUUCCUCGGUCUUGGACUUAUUAUUUUCAUCGUUGGCUUCUUUGGUUGUCGCACAGCUAUUUACGAGAGCCAGUACGUCAUUAUUACGUACAUGACGCUACUGAUCGCCCUGAUAGUGACAGAGACGAUUACAGCGGCUAUACUUGGCGUCAUGGCCUAUCGCGUGCUCACGGGCUUGGAGACGAGGUUUGCUGGUCGACUGGCCGAACAUUAUGGACACGAUGCGAGCAACGACCUUGGCUUCACCCAAAGCUUGGACUUUGCCCAGUACAAGUUCAACUGUUGUGGCAUCUAUUCCGACGAAGACUUCAACGGCACGAUUUGGUGGAGGGAGAACCAGAUCUCAGGCAUGAGGAGACAAGUUCCGCUCACCUGUUGCGUCUUCAAGGAUAUAGAGGUCAAAAACACUGGUAGCCCCAUGAGUGUUAUUUCUCGAGUAUUUUAUAAAAAUAACGAGACCCCAUGGCUGUAUCCGAGACCUAAGGAUGAGACAGCUUGUCAAUCCAAGAAUAUUUCGGUGCACACAGACUUCAGACACAAAGAGGGUUGUCUAGAAAAAGUCAGGAGCUGGCUCAAGUAUGAAAGCACGGCUCUCAUAAUAUUUGGCGUCGUAGCUGCUAGUGCUCAGCCGAAUCUUCAAGAAAAAAUUCCCGAAAUCGCAUCCAACAUGGCUAUUUUGGGCAAGAGCGAUUAUUCAGCUUUUGGUGCAACAAUUUCGAGAUGGCGUACUGUAACUAAGAAAAAAAAUGGCAUCACUGACACACUUUUACUACAAGUGAUGACAAUAUGUGGUAAUGUGGACGUAAAGUCCACCAUCUAUGUUAAGUUUGUGGCCCGUAGGGACCUCAUAGAAGCUGCUAGCGUUAGCACUGCUUGUACACAUUUGCAGUAA